AAUUACGGCUACUUGGUCCACCAGAGAAUAUUUGACGUUAUAUAUAAAAGCCAACUCUUCCGCUCUCCUUGUGCUCAAACUAAGAGCUUCUACUCAAAACCAUUUGCUUCUUUCUGCUUAGAGAGAGAGAGAGACACACUCAAUGGGUGCUAACGUUUCUACUCCAGACCAGAGAUUUCAGGUAACCCACUUCCGUUCAACGAAGCCAUGGACACCUCGACCUGAGAUUUAUCCUUUCAAAGUCAACAGUCCUUGUAUUGUGGAGAUCAAGAACAUGAAUCAGUGGAAAUCUAGGCUCAACGCUCUUAAAGACACCAACAAGCUGCUGGUGAUCGAGUUCACAGCUAAAUGGUGUGGACCAUGUAAAACCCUUGAACCAAAGCUCGAAGAGUUGGCUGCUAAAUACACCGAUGUUGAGUUCGUGAAGAUUGAUGUCGAUGUCUUAAUGAGCGUGUGGAUGGAGUUCAACCUUAGCACUUUACCUGCGAUUGUAUUCAUGAAAAGAGGCCGAGAAGUAGACAUGGUUGUGGGUGUGAAGGUUGAUGAGUUAGAGAGGAAACUCAAUAAAUACACACAAUCCUUCUUCUGAACGUUGAAUUCCUAACACGCCAAACAAAACUCCUCAUCACCUUACGCCAAGAAUAUAUAGUUUACUACUAUGUAUAGAUAAAAUGUUUGAACGACGAUUCAACAAAAUAAAACUUGUUUGUGUUGUAAAGGAAUUGGAUGUUGGAUUUGCUAUGUACGUGUCUCAUGUAAUAUAAAAUAUAUGAUCAGCGAUUUGUAUCGUUUUUUCU